ACUGCGCGCGCUGUCAUUAUUAUUACUACACUAAUAAAUAUAAUAUCUAUUAUAAUAGCUAUGAAUUCCACAAAACCUCUGAGCGUUUAAGUGCCGCUAUGUAACAGGCAGCAGCCGUUUGUGUGUCUCUGGAUAUAAAGCUAUAAUAUAAGAGGCUAAAUGGCGGAGGCAGAAGGGGUUAGCAGCGCCACUCCCACCGAGGAGAUGAACGGCGCUGGGAACCUGAUGGACUUCCUAGAUGAGCCUAUCCCUGAUGUGGGAACAUAUGAAGAUUUCCACACCAUCGACUGGCUCAGAGAGAAGUCCAGAGAUACUGACCGCCACAGGAAGAUUACACACAGGAGUAAGGAGUCUAUUUGGGAGUUUGUGAAGAGUCUGCUGGAUGCCUGGUCAGGAUGGGUGGUGAUGCUGCUCAUUGGGCUCCUGUCAGGCACUCUGGCUGGAGUAAUAGACCUGGCUGUGGACUGGAUGACUGACCUUAAAGAGGGAGUGUGUCUGUCUGCGUUUUGGUACAGCCACGAGCAGUGCUGCUGGACCUCCAACGAGACCACCUUCGCCGACAGAGACAAAUGCCCCCAGUGGCAGAAAUGGGCCGAGUUGAUGACUGGAUACAAUGAGGGUGCCGGGGCAUAUCUGUUGAACUACUUCCUGUACGUGAUGUGGGCGUUGUUCUUCUCCUUUCUGGCCGUGUCUCUGGUCAGAGUGUUUGCUCCUUAUGCCUGUGGUUCAGGAAUACCGGAGAUCAAGACGAUCCUCAGUGGGUUCAUAAUCCGAGGUUACCUGGGCAAGUGGACCCUGCUGAUUAAGACAGUCACUCUUGUUCUGGCCGUGUCGUCUGGACUCAGCCUUGGAAAGGAAGGACCACUGGUCCACGUGGCCUGUUGCUGUGGAAACCUCUUCUGCAGCCUUUUCUCCAAGUACAGCAAGAACGAGGGCAAGCGCAGGGAGGUUUUGUCUGCUGCUGCAGCUGCUGGUGUGUCUGUGGCUUUCGGUGCUCCGAUUGGAGGAGUGCUUUUCAGCUUGGAGGAGGUCAGUUAUUACUUCCCGCUGAAAACUCUGUGGCGCUCCUUCUUCGCUGCACUGGUGGCCGCCUUCACUCUGCGCUCCAUCAACCCGUUUGGCAACAACCGGCUGGUGCUGUUUUAUGUGGAGUACCACACGCCCUGGUACAUGGCUGAGCUGGUGCCCUUCAUCCUGUUGGGGGUUUUUGGUGGCCUGUGGGGGACACUGUUUAUCCGGGGCAACAUCGCCUGGUGUCGGCGGCGCAAGACCACCCAGCUGGGGAAGUAUCCUGUACUGGAGGUGAUCGCAGUGACCGGGAUCACAGCUAUUCUGGCCUUCCCCAACCCGUACACACGACGCAGCACCAGCGAACUCAUCUCAGAGCUGUUUAACGACUGUGGAGCUCUGGAGUCUUCCCAGCUCUGUGAUUACAUCAACAACCCCAACAUGAGCCGGCCUGAAGACGAUAUCCCAGACAGACCAGCUGGACCGGGGGUUUACAUGGCACUGUGGCAGCUUGCACUGGCCCUGAUCUUUAAGAUAGUCAUCACUAUCUUCACCUUUGGCAUGAAGAUCCCAUCAGGGUUGUUCAUCCCCAGUAUGGCAGUGGGUGCUAUAGCUGGUCGAAUUGUGGGCAUAGCUGUAGAGCAGAUGGCCUACCACCAUCAUGACUGGAUCAUCUUUAAAAACUGGUGUCGCCCCGGCGCUGACUGCGUCACCCCCGGCCUCUACGCUAUGGUUGGGGCUGCAGCGUGUCUUGGUGGGGUUACUCGGAUGACCGUGUCUCUGGUGGUCAUCAUGUUUGAGCUGACCGGUGGGCUAGAGUACAUCGUGCCGCUCAUGGCUGCCGCGGUCACCAGCAAGUGGGUUGCGGACGCCUUCGGUAAGGAGGGAAUUUACGAGGCCCACAUCAGACUGAACGGCUAUCCCUACCUGGACCAGGACGAGUUCACACACCGCACGCUGGCCACAGACGUGAUGCGGCCGCGCAGGAACGAGCCCCCGCUGUCCGUCCUCACGCAGGACAGCACCACCGUGGAGGACGUGGAGAUGCUCAUCAAAGAGACGGACUACAACGGCUUCCCCGUGGUCAUGUCACGAGAGUCAGAGAGGCUCAUCGGCUUCGUCCAGCGGAGGGAUCUGAUCCUGGCCAUCAAGACGGCACGCCAGAAGCAGGAUGGCGUUGUGAGCAAUUCUGUAGUGUACUUCACUGAGGAUGCCCCCCAGAUUCCAGCCUCUAACCCACAGCCACUCAAGCUAAGACGCAUCCUAAACCUGAGCCCAUUUACUGUCACUGACCACACACCCAUGGAGACUGUGGUGGACAUCUUCCGCAAGCUCGGCCUGCGACAGUGCCUGGUCACUCGCAGUGGGCGGUUACUUGGAAUCAUCACUAAGAAGGAUGUGCUUCGACACAUGGCUCAAAUGAUGAACCAGGACCCCGAAUCAAUCAUGUUCAACUGAAUCCGUCUCGGUCUCGGACCCUUCACCGCUGCAGGCCCUUGACUUCACUUCCUGAUCACUGAAAGACUGAUGAUGUAAAUAGUGCAACACUACUGUAACGUUUUAAGUAUUCACUCCUGUAGUGCAGUAAUGCCAUCUCAUCGUGUGUUUUAGGGCCAAAAUGAGAUCGGAAACUGAGUAAAGGGGCGACUUGGGCCCUGGGAACUCUGGCAACUUUGUGAGGGAAAUCACUAGUAAGUGUAGUAGCAUAUAUUUCUACAGACCCUGCCAAUACAUUUAAAUAUCUGGAUGUUUUUAGUAAUGAAAGCACUGACGUGAGCAUGUUUGCCCUGUAUGAUGCGAUAGUACCUCGUUAAGAGAGACAUCAACACACUAAGAGAUGGGAGAAACACAGAGCUUUUGUCCCAAAUUGACAUUUAUACGCUACACGUCUAUCUGCCUUAGCUCUGAUUUCCCCAUCCACAUGACAACACUAAAAAAAACUAAGGUUUCAAACAUCUCCAUUGAGAUGUUCCACUGAGCAUUUCUGUGUAGACAGAAGACUCAAAACACAUAAACCUCAGUUUUUAAAUAUAGUAUGUAUAGACAGGGCCUUAGUCAUACUGUUAUACUUGCAUUAUUAAUGUUAUUUCUCACAUCAGUCCUUUGUCUUGUUGUAAAUAUAUAAAAUACACAGAGCUAAUUUAACCAAUAGAAUGACAGAAAAGGUCAAAUGAUAUUUGAGUAACAUGCUUUCAGUUAGGUUGGCAACAAAUUUGUAGGCAUGGGCUCUGAGUGGUCCAGAGGACUAAAGCACAGUCAUUAUGAUUUGUUGAUGGCCAGUUUAAAUCCUGGGCCCAGCUGCUUUCCAUGAGCAGCUGGAGUCCGAGAGAGAGCACAGCUAGUCAGGCUUCUGUUAGCUGAUGUAUCAGAUCUGGGUGAUUGGCCUGAUCAUGUGCUGAUUUCCCCUUAGCAUUGCCUUGCACAGUUGCCAGGUUAUCAAGUCUCAGAAGUCGAAGUGUUUGUUGAUCUACCUGCUGCUGCUGCCAUAUUUAUUUGUACUAAUGUUAGUCAUUAGAAUUUGCCAAUUUAAGCUUUUUUUUCCCUGUUAUGAGGGACUCGAUCAAAUGCUAACAUGAUUCAAACUGAACAGAUCUGUACAGAUCUGUAAAAGGGAGCUAAUUUAGUUUUGCUGUUACGUCCACUGGCAAACCACCGCUCUUUACUGAAGGUACUUUGCAGGGUUACCUUACAGAAUAUGGUAUAUUGUAUUCUGUAAGCUGGUAAGUAAUCAGUAUCUUACCCACUUACACACUUACAGUGAGUGUACGAUAUUGCUUACUUCAGAUGCUGAGCUGUUCAUUUUAUAUAUAUAUAUGAAUGUCUGCAAUUUUGCAUCUAGGAACAACUGAAAAAAAUGAAUGGGAAAGAAUAUCAAAGGCAGAAUUAUUUAGUGUUAGUGCAACAACAGAUCUGCCUUAAUAAUAUAAUUAUAAAAAAUACCUGCGACAUUGCGCUACUUGAUUAAUUUAAGGUGAAUAUUUAUUAAGAGCUGGUACGAGAAUGAUUUUUAGUCUGUUGAUGGUCUGUUACAUGAUUUUGUGAUUUUUAUUGUUGUUUUUGUUAUGUUGUCGUUAUUCCACUGCCAUGUGAUUGAUAUAUAUUGUAAUCUUGGUAUUUAUUUUUUAAUGUACACAUUGUGCAUUUGUUUAAUACUAAUAUAAAUGAAAGGAAGGGUUGGGUUAAACUGUUUAACUACAUAAAUUACCAGCUAUAUGCUAACAUAAUUACAUAUUACGUACCACUUAUUAAUUAAGUGGAAUUAAUUUCCGCAAUGGAACAUGGGAAAUUAAAACCAACAAACAAAAAAGGAAAAGGAAAAUGAAAGGGAGAAGCAAUCAACUGAACUUUGCUUUAUGAUCAUUAAAUCAUUAAAUGAAUCAAA